UUGCCCUUUUCUUUGACCGGUAGCUAUUGUUUUAUGGUCCCUUCAUUGGAGCCUAGUAUUUACAGGGUACGAAAAUGAACCUACAAUUAUGUCUUGCGUAAGAAUCAACCAAGCCAAGUUGUUUUUGCCAACUGUAUAUUCUCAGGGGUGACUUGGUUUUUCCUAGAACAAACCACAAAGAUGUGGGACCCCUUAAAGAAUAUAAGUGGCUAGAGGUUUGCAAAUAUUAAGAAAAAUCUUUGCUAUGGACAUAGCCACACACCCAAACCAGAUAACAUGCAGAUAUAUAAUUAGCUCCUUACCACUCAAAUAGCAAAUUUGAGCAUUUGCUAAUUCAACUUCCCUGAGUGAAACUUAAACCACCAAGAUGGCCUAAAUGUUAACAGCAAGUGAGUACAGCAACAACGGCCGGCAGCAUCAGCCGGUAACAGGGCCUGCCGAGCUAAACUUGCCAAGAGUGCUGUGGAUCCUGUCUUCCACCUUAGAGAAGCUAGUUGCUCGCAAUGAAAAGCUCGUGGAUGAGCUGAACCAGCAACUAAAUAAACUGAGCUCUGACUCAGUAAGAUUAGGGAAGAGCUUGAAUGCCUUUCAUGGCGUACGAGCACCGGGCAUAAGCAUACCUAAGUACUUGGAAAGGAUAUACAAAUACACUAAUUGUAGCCCAUCAUGUUUUGUUGUUGGCUAUGUGUAUAUAGACAUGCUGACUCAUAAGCACCCUGAUUCUCUUGUCUUAUCCUUGAAUGUUCACAGAUUGCUAGUUACCUCUGUCAUGGUUGCUUCCAAGAUGCUAGAUGAUGAACAUUAUAACAAUGCGGUAUAUGCUCGAGUAGGCGGCGUGAGUAAUGCGGAAUUGAACAAGCUUGAAUUGGAGUUACUCUUUCUGUUGGAUUUUAAAGUCGUGGUUAGCUCUCGAGUUUUCGAAAGUUACUGUCUGCACUUAGAAAAAGAGAUGCUUGUAAAUGGCACAGGCUUGAAGAUUGAAAGAGCAUUGUCACCAAAAUCUUUUGAGACUGAAAUUUCAGUUGAAGAUAAGAAAAGCUCUUCCCCACCUCCAAUUGUGGAUUAUGGAUUGACAUAACAUAAGUCCUUCUUUUUUUCUGUUGUCAAUUUUGGGGUCCCUUGCCCUGUUUAGUCCUUUAUCUUUUUCUUCAUGGCUAAGCAAUUAUUGGAUUGUUCAUUGGACAGUUUCUUAUUUAUAUGAAUAUAAUUCCUAUGAACUUUGUCAAAUUUGACUUUAGUUGUAACAAGACAUAAUCAUAUUCAUUGUU